AUGGAUCGUCUCUCGAAACCAGUGGAUUCCCACUUUACCCGAUCGCUCCCAAAGAUCGAACUACAUGCUCAUCUAAGCGGCAGCAUCAGUCGCCAAUGUCUUCAUGAGAUAUGGCUUCAGAAAAAGGCGCGCGAUCCAGCCUUCGACGUAGAAGACCCAUGGGUGGUGAUGCCACCGGGGAAGGUGGACUUUUCUCUCAACACUUUCUUCCAGACAUUCAACCAAUCUAUUUACCACCUGGUCAACGACCUCGAAAGCGUCGCGUAUGCCACGACCUCAGUGCUUCAGAGCUUCCUUGAUGAUAGUGUUCGCUAUCUCGAGCUCCGCACCAUUCCUCGCGAUGCAUCAGAUUCUUCUUUCACCCGAGAGGAAUAUCUCUCCACCGUUCUCGAUACUGUCGCCACAUUCAAAUCUCGGAAUCCCAACCAGAUAUCUAUAUACCUCAUCCUCGGCAUGGACCGAGGCCAGCUUACGAACCAUUCCAAACAUGCCCAUGAAAUUGUUGAUCUAGCCAUCGCCAACCAAGUUCGAGGCGUUGUUGGCGUCGACGUUUGCGGGAACCCAACGAAAGGUGAUAUUUCACUUUGUCGAGAGGCGUUCGUUAAAGCCAAAGAACAUGGUCUUGGUCUUACCGUACACUUCGCUGAGGUGCACUCUGUCGGACUUCGUGAGGAGCUGCAAACGCUACUCUCUUUUAACCCAGAUCGCUUAGGCCAUGUUAUCCAUGUCCCUGAGGAUAUCAAACGAGAAAUUGCACGCAGACAACUGGGAUUAGAACUGUGCAUAUCAUGCAAUGUCCACGCGAAAAUGUUUGAUGGAGGGUUCCUCGAUCAUCAUUUUGGGUAUUGGAGGCAUGAGGAGUGUCCAAUCAUCCUUUGCACCGACGAUGUGGGCUUUUUCUGCAGCCCUGUCUCGAAUGAGUACAGCCUGGCCGCGGAGCAUUUUCAACUGAACCGAACUGAUGUUCUCAACAUUUCCCGAAAAGCUAUUAAUGCAAUAUUUGGGGGGGAGAAAGAAAAGGAGCGUCUUAGAGAGCUUUUGGAUGAAUUUGGAUUUGCGCAUAACUAA